ACCUUGUCCACCGACUUUAUCUCACCACUCUCACGAUGGGCGCGAAUCUCGAAGUAUUCAAGUUUGCGACGUACCUCUUCAUCCCGCUGUUUGCCAUGCUGCACUUCGGCGACCCGAACUGGUACGAGCACCAUGUCCACCCUAUCAAGCACAUCAUGUGGCCACCAAAGGAGACGACCAACACCAUCGCGCCAAAGUCCGCCGACGAGCUCCACUCGGAGCUUAACCGCAUCAAGGAGGAGCACAAGGCCCGCCGGACGGGUGUCGCUCCCUCCAAGCCUGCAGCGGCGGCCACACCCGAGAACAGCGCCGUCCUCGCCCAGUUGCCGACCGACGGCAAGUUUGACUGGGCUGCCGGCAGCAAGCGCCUGGUGUAGACAACACACGCGUCUAUACACACAUAUACUGUAUGCAUAUACUCGGCUCAUGUG